AUGCAUUUUCGUUUAAUAUUAUUCUUCAAUCUUGUGAUUAACCUCAAUGCACAAACAGGAAGUUUUCCUGAUUGUAAAUCGGGUCCACUUUCAACAUAUCCGAUAUGUGAUCAAUCGCUUCCAUCACAUCAGAGAGCAAGUGAUCUCAUAAGUCGCAUGACAACCGAUGAAAAAAUUACACAACUGGUAACAACAGCAGCUGCUAUACCUCGUCUAGGUUUACCUAAGUUUGAAUGGUGGUCUGAAGCUUUACAUGGUGUAGCAUAUUCACCUGGUGUGUCAUUUGGUGGUGAUCUACCUGCAGCGACUAGUUUUCCGACGCCUAUCAAUCUUGGUGCAACAUUCAAUCUGAGUCUUGUUUAUCAUAUUGCCAGUAUUAUAUCAACUGAAGCACGAGCAUUCAAUAAUGAAGGUCGUGCUGGUUUAGUUUUUUUUACACCAAAUAUAAAUAUAUUUCGUGAUCCUCGAUGGGGUCGUGGUCAGGAAACACCAGGUGAAGAUCCAUUUCUCACAUCACAAUAUGUUUAUUCACUAAUCAAUGGUUUGCAACGUGGUGAAGAUGAACGUUAUUUGAAAAUAGCCGCUGAUUGUAAACAUUAUGCUGCGUAUGAUUUAGAGAAUUGGAAUGGUACAGAUCGUUUUCAUUUUGAUGCUCGUGUAAGUGAUCAGGAUCUUAUUGAAACAUAUUUACCCUCUUUUGAAUCAUGUGUUCGUGAUGCAAAAGUUGCAAGUAUUAUGUGUAGUUAUAAUGCUGUUAAUGGUGUUCCAUCUUGUGCAAAUAAGUUUCUACUUCAAACUAUUGCACGUGAAUCGUAUCAUCUUGAUGGUUUUGUUGUUAGUGAUUGCGGUGCUGUUUCAACCAUAAUGAAUUCACAUCAUUAUACGUCAACAGUAGAAGAUACAGUUGCUGUUGCAUUGCAUGCUGGUACAGAUCUUAAUUGUGGAGAUUUUUAUUCAAAACAUACUCAACAAGCAUUAUAUAAUAAAACCAUUGUCGAAGCUGAUAUUGAUCAAGCACUUCAGCGUUCAUUUAAUGUUCUUGUUCGUCUUGGCUAUUUUGAUCCACCUGAACAACAGCCAUAUAGAAAAUUAUCACAUGCUGAUGUUGAUACAGCAGAAACGAGAAAAUUAUCUUUACAUGCUGCACAACAAAGUAUUGUUUUAUUGAAAAAUACAAAUAAAGCAUUACCAUUAAAUUUGAAUCAACUAAUGAACAAAAGAAUUGCACUAAUUGGACCAACAGCAAAUGCGACAGUUUUAAUGCAAGGCAAUUACUAUGGAAAAGCUCCAUUUUUGAUUGAUCCUAUUAAUGGCUUUCAAGCAGUAACUCAAGGUUAUUCUAUCAAUAUUUCGUUUGCUUAUGGUUGUAAAAUAUCCAACGUUGAUCAGAGUGGUUUCGCAGAAGCCAUUGAAUUAGCUCGUUUAUCUGAUAUUGUUAUUUUCUUUGGUGGUAUUGAUCAAUCAAUAGAAUCUGAAGGUCAUGAUCGAACAUCGAUUGCAUUACCUUCCGUUCAAUUAGCUUUACUGGAACAACUUGAAAAAGUUGUUCGUUCGCCUCUUCACGUUGUUAUUAUGUCUGGUAGUAGUCUUGACCUAACAUAUAUACGUGAUUCUUCUCAAUAUGAUAGUCUUAUCUGGAUGGGUUACGCUGGACAAGCUGGCGGUCUUGCUAUAGCUAACAUCAUGUUUGGUCAAUAUAAUCCUGGUGGACGUUUGCCAAUAACAAUCUAUCCUGCAUCAUAUGUUGAUGCUGUUAGUAUGUUUGAUAUGCAAAUGCGACCAUCACCAAUGAAUCCUGGUCGAACAUACAAAUUCUAUACGGGACAAGCAGUGUUUGAAUUUGGCUAUGGUCUUUCAUAUACAACAUUCAGUUACUCAUGGUAUAAUGAUUCGAUGAAUUCAAUAUUUUCAAUAGAAUUCUUAAUGAAAAAUAAUUAUGACGAAAAGAAGGUGCGCCUUCAUCUGUAUCGUGUUAAUGUAACGAACACAGGCGAAGUGGCAGGUGAUGAUGCUGUGCUUGCAUUUAUUACACCACCCAAAACUUCUUUCAAUGAUCAAACACCGCCAAUUAAAAAAUUAUUUGGUUUUGAACGUGUUCGAUUAGAUGUUAAUGAAAUGACACAAGUUUUUUUCCCAUUAAAUAUUGAUGCAUUGUUAACAGUAGCACUUGAUGGAUCGAAAUGGUUAGAACCAGGUUCAUAUAAAAUUAUAAUUGGAAAACAACACAUACAUACAGUUCAAUUACAAGGACAACCAACGCGAUGGUCUUAA